AUGCCAACGGACGUCUCCCCUGCUCCAUUCCGAUAUCAACAACAACUUCCUCACGGUCUAGAACAUCCAAACGCUUAUGCACUCAUGGGUCAAGCACAAUCACAUGGUUGGGCGUCACUUCCUCCACUCGGUGGCGGUGCAGGGGUCCCUCCGACAGGACCAGCACGAGCCGUAGAUUGUCUAGCCGGAACUCCACGUAAUGUUCUCCCUAAUGGGAUGAGAAACCCUUGGGCGCCGUAUCAAGGAGAGACUUAUCGUCCUGCUUCUGAUAUGAUCGAAGGACAAGCAUUCGGUCCAGAGUUGCCGGGAUCUGGUAUUUAUCCAGCUUCUCAACUUGGUGGAUCGGCAAUCGUACCGCGUUCGAGAGCAAUGUCGUUUGGAGGUGCGUCGAUAGGUUACGAUGGAGGUGGAUUGGGUGGAAUGAGAGGUGACGAUGGAUGGAAUGGAAGUGCCGGAAGGUUACAUCGAGGUUUAGCACCUGACAUGUCAUCAACUGCUGGUGCUCUACCCAGACUUGCCAAUCCCAACAACGGGGCGGCAUGGUUACAAGCUCCAUCAUCAUAUGCCAAUCACGCCCGAAUGAACCCAGCUUCCUUGUUCGAACCUGCCAUACAACCCUUGGGAGGUGCCAGCGUAUAUCUUCAACCUCCCGUGGCAAACUCGGCAAACGCCCGACCUCGUCGCGCACCCGUGGUACCCAUUGAUGGAUGCGCAGAAUGUGUCGCCGAACAAAGAGAGAAGGAAAGGGAAAGACAAUCGAUGAACUCACAUAGCGCUCAUCAUCACCAUCGUCGUCAUCUCACACCUCCCAUAGCCGGCAGUCCUCUUCGACGAGAGCCGGCGGAAGCACAGGCGUUGGCAAGACAUGGGUCGAAACAUUCUAGUCGAGGUAGACGAGAGGGGAAGAAUGAGUGCAGCCAAUGUUCAAGUCACUCGCACGGAAGGUGA